AUGUCUGAAUGUCAGAGAGAAAAUAUGCUGCUAAAAAAAGACAAAGAAAAACAAACAAAACCAUGUCUCUUCCUGGUGACAUCUCAUGGCCGCCUCUUCAAGAGCCCUUUCUUUGAGAGCUGCUUUUUACCCAGCUCCCCAAGGGUGCUCAAGGUGCCUGCUCAUCGAUCCACCUUGAACAGGCACCAAUAUGUUCUAAUUAAGAGAGUGUACAGGCUUUUCCUUUCGGCGGCACAUGGUGGCAAGAAGGCGGUGCAGAUUUCCAAGAAGAGGAAGUUUGUCGCUGACGGCAUAUUCAAAGCUGAACUGAACGAGUUUCUCACUUGGGAGCUGGCUGAAGAUGGGUACUCUGGAGUUGAGGUCCGAGUUGCACCAACCAGGACAGAAAUCAUUAUCUUGGCCACCAGGACACACAAUGUUCUUGGUGACAAGGGCCGGCGGAUCCGGGAAUUGACUGCUGUGGCUCAGAAGAGAUUUGGCUUCCCUGAUGGCAGUGUAGAGCUUUAUGCUGAAAAGGUGGCCACAAGAGGUCUGUGCGCCAUUGCCCAGGCAGAGUCUCUGCGUUACAAACUCCUAGGAGGCCUUGCUGUGCGGAGGGCCUGCUGUGGUGUGCUGCGGUUCAUCAUGGAGAGUGGGGCCGAAGGCUGCGAGGUCGUGGUGUCUGGGAAACUCCCAGGACAGAGGGCUAAAUCCAUGAAGUUUGUGGAUGGCCUGAUGAUCCACAGUGGGGGCCCUGUUAACGACUGUGUCGAUGCUGCCGUGCGCCAUGUGCUGCUCAGACCAAAGAUCAUGCUGCCUUGGGACCCAACUGGUAAGACUGGCCCUAAGAAGCCCCUGCCCGAUCACGUGAGCAUCGUGGGACCCAAAGAUGAAAUACUGCCCACCACCUCCAUCUCCGAGCAGAAGGGUGGGAAGCCAGAGCCGCCUGCCAUGCCCCAGCCGGUACCCACAGCAUAAUAGGGUCU